UGCAGAAACCUGACCGUGCGGGAGCAACAAUCACAUCCAAGAUGGAGACCGUAAAUGCUGGACAUAUGAUGAGCUUAGCAGCCCUACAGAGACAGGACCCGUAUAUAAACAAUCUACUCGAUGUCACUGGUCAAGUGGCUCUCUACAACUUUAACUCCAAAGCGAACGAAUGGGAGAAGACCGACAUCGAGGGCACAUUGUUUGUGUAUUCCAGGUCUGCCUCCCCUCGUCAUGGCUUCACCAUCAUGAACCGAUUGAGCACAGAGAACCUGGUGGAGCCUAUCAACAAAGACCUGGAGUUCCAACUACAGGAUCCCUUUCUGCUCUACAGGAAUGGCAACUUGGGUAUCUACAGUAUUUGGUUCUAUGACAAGAGCGACUGUCAACGUAUUGCUCAGCUGAUGGUCAAGAUUGUAAAGCAAGAAGCAGACCAUGCCCAGAGAGAUUCACCUGAGAGGGCAGAGCUGGGGACGACCAAUGGCAUUGCAGAGCCACGACCCAUUGACAUCCUGGAACUACUCAGUAAAGCCAAGGAAGAAUACCAGAGAACUCAAACAUGUGAAACAGAUGGUUCUACAGGGUCACAUGUGAAAGCAGCUAUGAGUGAUACAGAAAGAGCACACAGCACACCACAACUAGAAAAGAGCUCUCACACAGUGGUGAAGCAGAUCACAGUCGAGGAGCUAUUUGGCUCAUCUCUCCCUAAAGAUCCCUCUCUACCUGCCAUGCCCGCACAGAACACCACCAGCGCUUCCAGCGACUUCUCCGCUGCCUUCACUCAGAACCAGUCUUAUACCACUUCAGCUCAUCAAAACUCCAUCUCCAACCAGCAACACCAAGUCCCCGGCCUGCUCCCAGCUCCUUAUGCACUGCAUCCCAGCCCUGUUUUCCAGUCGGUUAUCCCAAUGUCAGACCCCCAGCCUCGGUGCUCAGUUUCACCUUUCAUGGUACCUCCGCCCGGCUCGGAGCCUCGUGCUGCUCCCCCUGGUCCUGCAGCACCAGCAGUACCGUCUGGAGCUUAUUUGGGGCAGGAAAUACUCAACACACUCAAACCAGCAGUGUCAUCUGUGAAUUCAGACAUUCACAAACCAAUCCUUGCACCCAAUUUCCUGCCAAGCACUCUGGUCCCUCCCCACAGCUUCCAGGAGCCCAUGGGAAAACCUCUUCCCCAGCAAAGCAAAGAGGUGGAUGUUUUCUCUCCGCCUCAAAACCUGAUCAAGCCAAUGUCUGCUGUCCCCAUGAGUCCAGGCCUAGCUGUUCCAGGACCUGAAUUGUCCGUGCUUCUCUCUCCCAGCGCCUUUCAGCAGUCAAGUAGUAAGAAAACAACAACAGCAGCAGCAGCAUCGGUGGUCCUUUCAACUCCACCUGAGCCCUCCACUACUGUUGUAGGAGGUGUAGAGCCUCCGCCAGCCCCAUGCAGCAAAACACAGCUACAGGAGACACUGAUCCACCUCAUAAAGAAUGACCCAGACUUCCUCAGUGCCAUUCAUGAUGCUUACCUGCAAACUCUGUCCAAGGACUUGGGCAGCAUGAAGCUAUAGUCCGACUUCAACCGUCACCACUGUUACUUUUAGCGCUGCUGCCCCUUUACGACCUGUGAGACGACCAGAAGUUAAUGAGAGUUAAAGAAGUGCAGUGAAAAGGUUUUUGACUCUGCGACUCUUCACCAUCAGUCUGUUAUUACAGCAAGAACUUCGCUCUUCACUUCUCUGUUUCUCACUCAGACCUUGUUUUUUGGGUUUUACCUGAACACUGACUUUUUUUGGCUACUCGCGUCAACUUGGAUCACUUUUUUGUCCGGGCUGAGCCAGAGCUGCUGUGGAAGUGAGGAAUGAAAUAAAACUCCCCACUGUGGCCUUGAGUUUUUUAUUUUUAUCUUAUUUUGAAAACGUGAUGAACAUAUAGCCACAUACUGGUAAAUUUCAGCCGUUGCUGGUUUAAGAGGGGACCACAGUGGAGCUUCAGUGACCUCACUUAUAAUGAAUUUGCUGAUCACUACCACAGACACUGCUUUUCUCACUCAAGUCCACCUUCACACCAUAUUCUCGCAGUGCGAGCGUAUAAUAUAUACACCUAAGCUCUGACUACAUAUUGAGACAAAGACUUCUCUGUUGGAACCUCACAAUUGCUUUUGAGAGUCCUUGCAGACAAACUGACUUUAAAAAGAACUUCUUCGUCACUGACUGAACUUUUUACUGUGUUUUUUUUUUCUCCGCAGAGAUACUGUUCAGCCGUUAAGAUUUUCUGUGGCUUUUUUGGCAUUGUCGCUUUUUUUUUCUUUCAGCCUUUGUUGAGAGAAGAUGAAGACCUACCAUACAGUAUGUGUUUGGAGCAGCACUUGCAGCCUAUUCUUCUCUGCUUUUUAUUUGUUUUAUUACAACUUUACAGACGGUAAAGACAUUAAGACACACAAAUGAACGCACACACUAAUACAUUUUCCGUUCCUACAUAGCUCCCUAUCCUUCCUCUUCCUUCAGAGGUUUUCCUGUCAUUUGUGUCGUUCAUCUCGUUUCCACCUAGUUACAUGGCAAAGACCAAGGGUCUUUCUGCAUGGAGUUUCCAUGUUCUCUCCGCGUGCGUGUGGGUUUUCUCUGGGUUCUCCAAUUUCUUCCCACAGUCCAAAAACAUGCAGAGGUUAAUUGGACACUAAAUUGACAGUAGGUGUGAAUGCAAGAGUGAAUGGUUGUUCACCUUUGUAUGUUGGCCCUGCGAUGGACUGGUGACCUGUCCAGGGUGUACUCCCUGCCUUUCACCCUGUGUCCGCUGUGAUUGGCUCCAGUGACCCUGGAACCUAAUGUGGAGGAUAAAGUGGUAGACGGUGAAUGAUUGAAUGUCUUUUCCAGCUGAAUUUGAGUACUUGAUGUUGUUGGGGAAGAAUGUGCAAUAGACCACUAUCGCAAUGUCUUAAAGGACACCAGCAUUUGGGGAUAUUUUAGGAUUGAAUGUGUCACUAAGUUUAGCUAAACAUUUAAGUUCUGCAAUUUGAGUAUCACAAAAUUAAAUUUGGGGCGGCUGGGGUGCUUUUUAUAGCUUCAGUCAGUUUCACACCAGGUUGAAUUUAUACCAGUAAUCCAAACUAAUGAUGAAUAACAUACGCUACCUCCACUCCAACUUGUGUUUAUUUUUACGAGCCACAAUUUGGUCACAAAGACUUAAAUAAAAAAUAAUUUGUGGUGAUAUGGCUUUUUUUUUUUUUUUUUUUUAAUUGCAGUAAAAUGCUACUGCAGCACAAACCCAUAAUCUCUGCAAACCACAGCUGGAGCAGGAGGAAGCACACCUGUCUCCUCCUCAUGAGCAACUCUGAGAGCUGUUUGAGUAAAGAAAGCUGAUCUACUUAACAACUGCUUUCAAAAGCUUUAAAUGAUUAAGUUUAUUUUUGAUGUGUUGUAGUUAACAAGUUAAACACUUUUACAGAAGCUCAUGAAAUAGUUCAGUUAUAUUAGGUCCCAUCAGCAGGUGGCCAUUUAAAUUUAAACCCUAGCUAACCAGACCAUGCAGUAUUCCAGAUGUGAUUCAUUUUUAUUAUGGUUUUGGUUCAAUUGUUUGUCUCAUUUGCAUUUAGAAACAUCUGUAUUAGGUGGUGUGAAUUUCCGCAUUAAGUUUCAUCUCGAUUGCAACACCUCCCUGUUGUGUUUGAUCCUGCUAUUGGAAUGUAUUUGGUGUUCAGUUGCAGUUUUUAUGUGCCACUCUUUGUUUUUCUUAAUUUCAGAUCAGAGCCAUGUUUUCAACGCAAACUGUCUGAGUCAUUGUUUGUUGAGUUUUAAAUUUACAAAUGUAUAAAGAAUGUGUCCACAAGCACAGAGUAAAUCAGAUCGUUUGUCUUUGACCUGUUGUGAUUUUCAUUUCAGAGGUAACUUUGCCAACACUUCUGGCAUGUGUUGGUUGAAUAAACGCACAUCGGAAGAAAAAUCAAAAUGUACAUAUUGUUUUUAUGACAGUCAAAUGUUUAACAUUUUAAGGUUAUUUUACAUGUUAUCAUUUAUCUUAUUUGGCCAGAGGUAUACGUAUGUUUGGGAGAAGUGUCUGCAAAUUACAUCAAUUUCUGAAUAUUGUUGUCACUGUGCUUGAUUUGGUUUAUGAUAAUUAUUUUGUGAUAUUAAAGUUUUGAAAAUAGA